CACGAGGGAGUCGGUAGGAGCUCCCAGUGGAUAGCACUGCUUGUCGGUCUAAACACCAGUUACCACAACCGAGUCGACCCGAAGGUUUCAAUGGCACUGGCUUGAUGGGAUCCAAGCAGGUGGCAAAGUGAUGGUGUAAGGACUCGCAGUCACGGAGGUGCUUGCGCGUGGAAUGUUGCGCUGGUCAGUGCACCUAGAAGGAGGGCCGCGGAGAGUCAACCAUGCUGCUGUGGCGGUGGGACACAAGGUGUACUCCUUUGGAGGCUACUGCUCCGGGGAGGACUAUGAGACACUCCGUCAGAUUGAUGUGCAUGUUUUCAACACAGUGUCUUUGCGCUGGAUGAAGUUGCCUCCAGUGAGGACGGGAGGACAUGAACGUGCCCGUGAAGUGCCAUAUAUGCGCUAUGGCCACACAGCUGUGCUGCUGGAUGAUAUUAUCUACCUCUGGGGUGGGCGUAACGACACAGAGGGGGCCUGCAAUGUGCUUUAUGCCUUUGAUGUCAACACCCACAGAUGGUUCACACCCAAGAUUUCGGGGACUGUUCCAGGGGCGAGGGAUGGGCACUCGUCCUGUGUCCUUGGGAAAGCAAUGUAUAUAUUUGGAGGAUAUGAGCAGCUGGCUGACUGCUUCUCAAAUGACAUUCACAAGCUGGACACCACCACCAUGGUGUGGUCAUUAAUUAAUGCCAGGGGCACUCCGGCACGCUGGAGGGACUUCCACUCGGCCACCAUCAUCGGGACAAAGAUGUUUGUGUUCGGAGGGCGGGCGGACCGCUUCGGUCCCUUCCACUCCAACAACGAGAUCUACUGCAACAAGAUCAAAGUGUUUGACACAGAGACCAACUGCUGGCUGAGCACCCCUUCAACACAGCCAUCACCAGACGGACGCAGGAGUCAUUCAGCCUUUUCCUACAAUGGGGAACUGUAUAUAUUUGGAGGAUACAAUGCCAGACUGGACCGGCACUUCAAUGACCUCUGGAAAUUCAAUCCAGAAGCCUUCUCCUGGAAGAAAGUAGAACCGAAGGGGAAAGGCCCAUGUCCGCGGAGACGACAGUGCUGUUGUAUGGUUGGGGAUCGAAUCAUCCUCUUUGGAGGAACAAGCCCCUGUCCAGAGCAAGGAAUGGGUGAUGAAUUUAACCUCAUGGAUCAUUCAGACCUGUAUAUCUUAGACUUCAGCCCUAAUUUGAAGACGUUAUGCAAAAUAGCUGUUAUUCAGUACAGUCUGGAGCAGUCAGGACUCCCACAUGAUAUCAGGUGGGAACUGGCAGCCAUGACCACCAACAGCAACAUCAGCAGGCCCAUCUUCUCCUCCCACGGCUGAGGCUGCUGAAUGUGAAACAGAAGCGGGACUUCUUGCUCUGUUUCAGGACACCAAGCUUUUAUCUUUCUAAUCAGCUGAGCUCCGGCAGACUGUUUUUGUAGAGUUUGGAUCUGUACGGGAUUUAUUUUCCACAUUCUCCAAGUGAAAACUCAUUACUGACCAAAAUAUCCUGCAUAUGAUUUCCUCGGGCACCACGAGCACUUGCUCAUGUCUGAGGAUAUUUUAACCCUUGGAACACUGGUUACUCGUGACAGAAAUUGUUGACACCUUUUUUGUCUUUUUUUCUAGCCUCUCUAGAAAUCCAAUCAGCCUAUGAUAAUCAUAGACUUCUAAUCUUAAGCACAGGAAGAGACAAGAACUUCAGCCAAAGGUCUUGAGAGCUAACCUCUUUGUUGAGAACGUCGUCCUGAUGUCACACUCAACAGAUCUCCUCCAAGAGACACGUGAACUGUGUGUUCCACAUAGAGACUAAGAUGGUCAUGAGUUCGUAUAUCUUGCAGCUCUAACUUGGUCAUAAAACCAUGUAAUACUACGACGCCCAUUUGUGGGAAAUGAAGUUAAUUACACCGUAUAUGGAGUGGAUGAGGCUAACUUAUUACUUUGGUGUUGAUUGCAAGGUGAGAGAGUAUUGGGUACAACAUUUUGGGGUGUUAUGCUUGUGAAAGGUUCUGUUUGACUGGCUUUCAGUGCUCAAACUUUUUUCCCUAUUUUUUUCCCAUCAUAACUUGGCGAGCACCUUUCUCCUUGUAAGUGUCUCAAAGUUGAUUUUGCAGGGCGACUGAAGCAAGCCUUGUAAAACUAAUCAAGUCCAUCUACCUCCCUCAAUAGCAUGUAUCAUUCAGUCUUUAAUAAGACUUCCAUACAUUAGACGUUUUCUUCCCCCCGAAAAAAAAAAAAGCCUUUUCACAGCGAAGUUUGUAUUUGUGGUUGUCUGUUAUAUUCUUCCAAGAAAGGCUGUCCUAUCACGGGAAGAGUGCGACUCACCUGCCACCCCACCCCUCACUCUGCAGUUUGUUUUUCAGUGCCAAAUGUAGAAAGGAAUCAUGAUGCAAAUAUAUACUGUGUAUGUGUGUAAGCACGUGGUCCCGUCUACACAUAAUCCUAGUCCACCUGCUUCAGUUUGCCUGUUGUUGUUGAGGGAGAUGAUCACUAAUAUGCAUAAUGUAGUGGUUCCACUUAUAGACAAUCCUACAGCGAUCAGAGACUCUCCUCGUGACCUGUGCUUAUUCACAGCACGGUGAAAAACCAGGACAGGGUGCCCGUGUGUUUGUGUACAACUACGAGCAAAGCUGAACCUGAGCAGAUGUUAUAAACGCAUAAGGGCUGUUAUUAGAUUACACACUCGCCACACAGCUGGAAAAUGACUCUGGAUUAAUCAAAUUGGGGAUGUUUAUUCAGGUUGUGUGUUUGUAUUCUGAUUACAAAUUUUAGAACAAAAGUUUGAAAACACAAGAGCGGUGGUGGUGGUCUUUUUUAAAGCUUUUAUCUCCAUCCACGAGUUAAAGGAAAAGGCUGGUGAUAUUCUGCAUUUUUUAUUAAAUCAACAUAGUGAACAUAAAAAGACCAAAACCUACAAUGUGUUAGUCCAUCUCUCAACACUACCCUACCAACUUUUGGUGAAUUAAUUUGCAAAAACAGCUGGGCGCUGUAGUUUUGAACAGCUGUGCUGCGUUCACAUGGAAUCAGGCAGACGGUAGACGGCACAUGGAUAACACCUUUUAGGAUGGCACGGGAAAAACAAACAGUCCAACAAGAUGGCAGGGCGGCAAAGAAGUAAAAAAAAUUAACUUUGAACAGCAGUGCCAUCUACCAUUAUCAAUACCAGCCUCACUUCAUUUAACUGUCCUGCUCUCAUUCACUAAAAUGAUAUUCGAUUUUCCAUUUACUGUCUCCCUGAUUGCAUGUGAACGCAUUACUUAAACAUGAGUAAAUAAAGCUUCUUCUUUGGGACUUUUUUUCAGACGAGCAAUUGCUGCACUUAGAAGUACUCACAGCAGCAGGAAAGUGUGACGCUGUGGCUCAUUUAUGUGUUUUUAAUAGUUUUCGGACAAUGAAAGUUUAUGGAGUAAGAUUUAUUUUGGGACUUUGGAUACACCGACAAUACUUGUUAGAACAAUUAAUUGUUGUUUUUGGUCUUUUUUGAGAGAUUAGUUGACAAAAGGAAAAAAAAAAAUCUGAAUAUCACCAGACUUAUCUUGUGAAUAUGACAUGCCAUCUAAAUGAAUAACUUGGUGAGAAUGAAUAUACAGGCAAAAAGAUUUUAUUUAUACUGCCUAUUUAUUUUGAUGUGAAUAGGAACUGUGUUACCACAUACUUGUGAGCUGCAUCAGUGUUUUUCAGUCCUGGUCUUUGGGACCGUGUGCGCUGCCGUUUUGUGUUCACCCAGAUAGUUGAAUUGAAUCUGUAUCAGUCAGUCUCUGAUUAGCUGGUCAGGAUUAAACCCCGCAGGGCUCUGGGUCGCAAAAAUCAGGACUGGAUGACACUGACCUAACAUGGUAAAUGUUUACAAAUCUAUGUAAUUUCAUGUAAAGCAGUGUAAACAAUCUUAAAUGCAGGUUGAAGUCACCAGAAAACUGCACUAAAGCCAAUCGUGGCAUGGCAGGCCUUACAGAGAGGAGACGUGUCGAUGCUGCUUUUUGCCUAAGUAGAGUUCAAGAGUUUGAGACGUUCGCCUGCCCAAACCAAGUCUGAAUUUUCUUUAUAGACCGGUGGUGCCAAUGAGACUCAGUCUUAUGCCCUGUACACUGCACAUGCACAUGGACAUAUCACACACUUGAUAUUCCUCUGUACCCCUGGACUAUACAACAGCUGAUGCAGUGAAACCACAGGGAAGCUAAUCGUGUGUUCACGGGGAAAAAAAAAAAACUACUGGUGAACAAAUCAAACUGUUUAUGUGACACCAAAUGGCUGCAGGCAAAACUGAUGAUGUUUAUUUCGUUUUUUUCUAAUGUGUGGUGUGGAAGUCAUUUUUAUUUUAGGAUUUUGGUCCUUAUGCGUGUGAAGAUUAUGGGUGAUGGUAUUUUCAGUCGAGAACUUUUCAGGCUUAUGACAUUAAAUAUCAAGUUAAUGACAAUGUAGACACUAUGGUCGAAAAUAAAAUACCUGCACAACACAUUUCCUCAGUGAUGGUCGCUCACUUGCCUCCAACAAGGCGAUGCUAAUGACGAGUGAUUUUUGCCCACAUAUAUUGGCGAUACAUUUUUAAUGGCAGUAGUGUAACACUGCAGUUUCUGAGGCUCCCCUGCUGUUUCUCAUUUAACUCUGUGAGAGGGUUUCAGCAAAUAGUUGAUCAAACUCGGCAGCAGGGAGACUCUUGCUUAUCAAAAAGCUGCUUCUGUUGAGAAAAGUUCAUCAUCAGAUCAUAGCGCGCACUCAUUAUAACGCAUUCAGAGUGAGCAGUAAUUAUUUCCCAAGCAGAAGCAAGUGGACUGAUUUCAUGCCAAGAAAUGUGUUCUAUCUUUAGGGCUUACAGUAUAUGGUUGAAUAAUUCAUAAACAACAAAGAAUGCUUGGGGAAAAAAAACAGAACAAAGUAUGGAGUGUAUUUGGGUUUAUUUUGCAACUGUGCAGGCUCCCUAUGUUUAUCGUAUUUAUUUUAUUUUAUAUUUGACACAUUUUUCAGAGGGGGCUGUCAAGGUUGGUCAGGACUUCCUGUGCAAUAUGCUUUAUUACUGUAUCAAUAAUAAAUCUGAGACAAUUUGAGUUGUUAA